AUGGGAAAAAACCCUAAUUUAAAUGCUUCAUGUAGAAAUGUGUCUUGUAACUGGCUACACUCCUGUCUUGACCCUACUCUCUGGAUUCCAGAUGUUCCAGGGCUUCGAGACCCCGCUUUGGCAGAAUUUCUACAGACACGAGCAUUGGCCGUUCUCGAGGCCUACGAGUUGGCUUGCCGCAAGACGGACCAAUCCAACCGGCCCGAUUCAGUCGCCACGGCUCGCCUCGGCCGUCUGCUCGUCAGGCUGGCUGGACUGCGUCAGGUCGAGCCCUGCUUUGUAGAGCGGGCAUUUUUCGGCCAUCUUCUCGGAUCGCCCUCAUUGCCUCAGAUACUCACUGGCCUGCUUCAGCGAGACCUGCGGCAGACUGCAGUACCAAAGACCUCUGACGCCUCUUUGACUCUGCCACCCUCUAGACAGACUCUCCUCUUCUGUCCUCCAUCCAACAACGACAUCAACACCAAAAUCACCUCCAGCCCUCGAAGUCUGUCCACUUGUGCCGUCAGCCCCACCGACGCUUCGACUGAUCGGCCCAAAGACGUCCCAGUUGGAGAAACUGAGCCGCAGAUUUGGCCAAACCCGCACUCACAAACACAACUGGCGGCACCAACACCCGUGUCC